AUGAGUGUCCACAAAGAAAUCACCAUAUUUUUGCUACUUUUUUUCUUCUGCACAAUUCCAGUUAAUGGGAAAAUUCAACAGACCCCAAUCGAGCUCUCAUCUCUUUGCCGAUCUCUACCAAGAGCCUCAUUUCUUAAAGCACAACAAGUUGAUUUGAUAUGUAAUCACUAUGCUCAUUGGCAUCAUGAAAGAGAUGAGCCGUUGACGACCGGGAAAUGGUCGAUCAAUGAGACAACCGAUAACCAAAAACGUUAUUUACGUGAUUUGGAAGAUUGCGCUCGUUCAGGAUGCACGACCGGGAAAGGUCAUACAAGAUUGAAACGAGAAACGAAAAAGAGCAUGAGAAAGGAAAUCCGAUUGAUGUCACAACAGGAACGGGAGAAACUCUUUGAAGCGAUGAAUAAGCUGAAAAGUAAACAAGUCGAUAACAUUAAUGCCUGGGAUCUGCACACUCUCGUCCACUAUCCAGACUCGGCACCAGGUGCUCACUGGGGCCCAGCUUUCCUCCCAUGGCAUCGAGAGUUCUUGCGACAGUUUGAGGUGGCUCUACAGAAAGAAGUCCCCGGAGUGGCUAUGGCUUAUUGGGAUUCAACGUUAGAUCAAGGCCUUCCCGAUCCAGCAGACAGUGUUCUGUGGACAGACGAGUUGAUGGGGAAUGGGAAUGGUUAUGUGAAGACGGGUCCAUUCAAAGAUUGGGACACGAAUGUGCUGAUGCCGCUUAGUCAAGUGCCUGUUAAGAAACUCUAUCGAAUGACUGGCGGCAGAGCACAGGAUCGUUUGAUGUCUCCAAGAGAUGUGGAGUGGAUUCUGAGUCGAUCGAAGUUCGAGAAUCUCGUCUUUUGUCAUGAUACGACAUUUGAAAGCAUCCAUGGCUUGUCGCAUGCUUGGGUGGGAGGCUUUAUGUUUGUGAUCAGAGUCUCUCCAAAUGAUCCAGCUUUCUACAUGCAUCACGCUUUCAUCGACAAUCUCUGGGAACAAUUCCGGCAUCGACGACAAAAUCGAUGGCAACGGGAGAAUGAUUGGAGUCGAAACUCGUGCAAUCGAAAUCAAGACGCCUACGCGCAAAUGAAACCGUUCUCAAUGACAAAUCGAGACGGACUUUCGAAUAAUUAUACGGAUUUAUGGUACGAGUACGAGCCGGUAGUGCACUGCACUGAGUCACGCCCGUAUUGUGAUUCGCCAUACUUGUGGUGUGAUGAGAAAUUACAUCGAUGUCGAUCGCGAAUCGUCCGCGGUGGCAACUGUACCGGUUUUGAGGGGACUUCGAUCUGUUAUGAGUCUGUUUGCAUACGCAAUGUCUGCCAACUUCCACCUGAAAUCGCUCCCCAACGACAGGAUCUCGUUCAACACGCCAAUUUACCAAAUAAUGUAAGACGGUACUUUGGUCUGACCGGAGCCAAUGAAAGGGCUAAUUCAUUGAGAGAAGAGAUUCCGUCAAGGGAAUCUCUCAAAUGGACACCCCCAAAAAGUGUAACUAGGAGACCUGCUGAAACAGUUUGGGCAAAAACAAUAAUGUUGGAUAGAGACGCGAGAGGGUUGGCUGAUACGCUGGCAACUGUGACUGUUCACGAUCGAGACAUCGGUGAUAACUACACAGCCUACAUCGAACCGAUCACCGAAUAUCCAGAGAUACCGGGAUUGCUCUACCUUCCUUUGCUGAAGCCUCAUCCAGAGAUGGUGCACAAUUUAGCGCUCAUCGCUCGUGACGGUUUUGGACGUAUUUGUCAAGCUCAAUGCUACAAUGAUACAAUUGAAAGAUACCAGGUCUGCGACCCGAAAAUCUCACUCUCAAUGCGAGCGGACGUCUCAGCUCCAAUGGCCUACACGCAUUCGAUGGCUAAUCGAAAAUACCUUGACACUGAUCUUUCCGUGCAUCCACUCCGCGUCCAUCCAUCUGUUCCGUAUAUUGUCUUCGCUUGCACAACUAAAGUACUAACCUCAGCCCAAGUUGCUGCAGUUGGCGAGGCUCUUCACCCAAAGGCUCCCACUUCGCAACUCAUCUGGUUUCGUGUAGCCGUUCAUCGAAGUGAUCGACGGAACAUGCAGAUUGAAGUGAUUCAAUUGGAUGACUGGAGAGAUCCCUGGUUCUCGGCAGUCGACGCAGCUGCUAGUCCCUUUGAUCCGACGAUCAUCUUUGCUAAAGCACCAAAUCCCGAGCACUCGACAUCAGGAAUGGUGAGAGUGAUGGUGAAUCUUUUCGAGAACAAUGAAAGGAUUCAAUGCCCAGCGAAAUGCACCUUAGAAGAUGGAUCAAUGAUCGAGUGUGAUGGACAAGUUGAGCUGUCAAUUGAUCCAAAUCGUGGAGAUGAGCCGGUGUGGAGUGGAGACGAGGAAGCUCUGCCCGUCCUCGGCUGGGAUAUGAGAGGUCAUCCGACUCGGUGGAGACACAGAAUGCCCUAUCUAUCGUUUAUCUGC